CCUCAUCAACCUCGCUCGUCGCUGCCGUUUGCACCCCCCACAUUUUGGAACCCCGGCCCUCCAAUCCCCUCAAUUGAUACUUCCACACAGUCCAAGAUGGGUAUCUCCGACUUUUUCUCCGAUAUCAUUUCCUCCUUCAGCCUCCCCGAGGCCCAGGCUGAGGCUCCCGCUGAGAAUGUUGAGCAGCCCAGCAGCCAGGAGACCGAGACCGAGGAGAAGCCCGCUGUGACCGAAGAGUCGACUAGCGAAGAAACCGCCGAGAGGACUGAGGAGUCCGCUGAGGAGACUCCUGAGGAGCCUGCCGAGGAGGAGCCCGAGCAGGCGGAAGAGGAAGAAGAGGAGGAAGAGGAGGAGGAAGAGGAAGAGGAAGAGGAGCCUGAGGACAUCAAGCCCCAGCUCGAGGAGGAAUGUGCCAACUCCGCUCAGUGCGCCCCAUACAAGCACCACUUUGAUGAGUGCGUUGAACGUGUCACCCAACAGCAGGAGGAUGCCGACUACAAGGGCCCCAAGGAGGACUGCGUCGAGGAGUUCUUCCACCUUGCCCACUGCGCUUCCGAGUGCGCCGCCCCCAAGCUCUGGAAGUCCCUCAAAUAAGCGUCUCGUCCCGGGACAAUUCCUGCCACGUUUCUCUUAUGGUUCAAUGGCAACGAGUUUAACGAUGGCGCAUCAUGCAUGGACCAUCCGGAUGAGAUACGAAGGGGGAACUGUGGAGGGAACUCACAGAAUAAAAGACGUCAUGACGGCUGGCUGUUUCCGCUUGUCGGCCUAAAGUGUCUCGCAUAGAAUGGGAAUAGACUCCUCUCCAAUGUGGGAUUUGUGUCAAAAACGGAGGAUGGGGGAAUGACAUCCUUCGCUGUGUAUGUACAGAUAGCUGGGUUUUUGCCUGUUUGUGAACUGUGCUUCUUAAUUUUCUUUGUGUUUAGAACGAAUGGCAUUUGUCUCUUAGACUGCUGCUACUA